UGACCGUGACAUAGUUGCUCCAAUCCAUAUAUUUGCACUCACUUUGCGUACAGCCACAUAUCCACAAGUUAUCGUUUGUUGCUGCUCCAGAGCAAACCGCGCUGCUAGGGGCUCUCAGAUCACCUAAAAAGCGCCAGUGAAGAGAAAGAGACCCAUCUCUAUCAGGGACUCUUUGAAAGCCUGUCGACAUGGUACGGGUUACCUCAAGGGCCGCCACUUUAAUAAAUGGCGUCAUCAUGUGGAUUUCGUUCCUCGCUCUGGGCAUCAAGGCACAUCAAGCUACCGGAAACGAGGCAUGCGCGGCACUGGCCGCAAAUGCAUUUCACAUGGAUGACCAAACUCUAAAGGCCAUUAUAAGCAUCAUACAAGACAUCAAAGAUGAACUGAAAUACCAGAAAAAUGACAUCAGAGCCAUAAGAAAGAUAUUUGAGCAAUGUCCUGUGUGCCAAGCGGCAUUCCCGGAUCCAUGUGCCUCCAGCCCAUGUGCAAAGAACGUGACAUGCACCCCUGCUCUUGAGAAAGAAAGAGGCUUUGAGUGUGGGAACUGUCCAGCAGGGUACAAGGGUGACGGCCUGCAUUGUGAAGACAUUGAUGAGUGUCAACUGGCUCCUUGCUCGCCACUAACAAAAUGCAUUAAUCUUCAACCUGGCUACGAAUGCAGUCCUUGUCCCGAGGGAUUCGAUGGAAAGACACUGCGGGGCGUUGGCAUUGUUCAUGCUGCCACGCAUCGACAAGUAUGCAAAGACUUUGAUGAAUGCAAAAGUGCUGAAGUAAGCUGCCCUAAAGAUACUGUUUGUGUUAAUCGAAAGGGUGGUUUCACGUGCGAGUGUAAAAGCGGCUUCAAAAAGAUGAAAGACGACUGUGUCGACAUCAAUGAAUGUGAGACAGGGAAGGCUGUUUGUCCCGGCAACAAAAUCUGUAUUAACGAGUUGGGAGGGUACAAAUGUGGCUGCAAUGAGGGAUUCAAAGAGGACCCAGAGAUAGGCUGCGUCGAUAUUGAUGAGUGCAGCGAGCGGGAUGACCCCUGUAAUCCGACCACAUUCUGCGUCAAUACAGUCGGAGGCUUCAAUUGCACGUGCCUAAAAGGAUUUCAUAAAAACAAGACAGGCCAUUGCAAUGAUGUAGAUGAGUGUCGGGCCGGGAAACACAAAUGUCCUGCCGGAACAAAAUGCAUCAACACAGUCGCGAAUUAUACGUGCUCAUGUCCCGAGGGAUUCAAAGGAGCUGAGCUUGGGAAUUGUACGGACAUAGACGAAUGUGAGAAUCAGGCCUUUGAAUGUCCUCAUGGUGGUCGUUGCGUUAACACAGAGGGAAGCUUCCGAUGUGACUGUGCUAAAGGGUUUAAGAACGACGACAAGGGAGAUUGCACCGAUGAAGAUGAAUGUAAAACUGGAAAAUAUUUUUGUCCCAAGGGAACAAGAUGUAUCAAUACUCUGGGAAGUUUCCAGUGCUCUUGCCAGAAUGGCUAUAAAGAAGAUGAAUUCGGGCAAUGCGUAGACAGAGAUGAAUGCAAUGCCAACAUCACACUCUGUCCUCCUGGCAGUGUCUGCAGAAACACUCCGGGUAGUUAUAAGUGUGGCUGUCCUGAAGGGUAUGCAGGUGAAGAUUUCAGCAGCUGCAGUGACAUUGAUGAGUGCACAACUGGCAACUUCAAAUGCCCGCCUGGCUCAGCUUGCAUCAAUACUGUGGGAUCUUACAAAUGUUCUUGCCCAUUCGGAUACAGAGGGCCAGAAGUCGGAAAGUGUCGAUUUGUCGGUGUUUGCGAAGAGAAAAAGAAGAAAGGCGAGACAUUAUGCGGCCCGAAUGCCGAAUGCAUUUCGCGAAGCAAAGACAAGAAUUAUGACUGUCAGUGCAAACCAGGAUUCGCUGGUAAUGGCUUCCAUUGCGGAGACGAUUCUGAUUCAGAUGGCAUACCCGACAAAGCAUUGCCUUGCGGAGGAAUGGAGUGCAAAGCGGAUAACUGCCCAUACGUUCCAAAUGGUGCCCAGAAGGAUUAUGACAAAGAUGGACAAGGAGAUCUGUGUGAUCGUGAUGCUGAUGGUGAUGGGGUGAAUGACGAGCUGGAUAACUGCCCGUUAACGCAAAAUCCUCGGCAACUCGAUCAAGAUGGUGAUGGCUAUGGCGAUAGCUGUGACAAUUGUCCACUUAUCUUCAACAAGCAUCAGCUCGAUGCUGAUCUAGAUGGCACUGGAGAUCUUUGCGAUUCUGAUGCUGACAAUGACGGAAUUCAGAAUAUUUUAGACAACUGCCCACUUGUUCCAAAUUAUGAUCAGAAAGACACAGACAAAGAUAAUUAUGGCGAUGCAUGUGACAACUGCGUGGACACGCCAAAUGAAGACCAGAAAGAUGCGGAUUCUGAUGGGCGUGGAGAUUCAUGUGACAGCAACAUUGACACUGAUAAAGAUGGCGUCCCUGACAUAGAAGACAACUGCAAAUUCCUUGAUAAUGCUGAUCAACUCGACAGCGACAACGACAAAAUCGGUGAUGCAUGUGACAACGACAGUGACAAUGAUGGAAUUGAAGACUCGUAUGAUAAUUGUCCGUUGAUUUUCAACCCAGCACAACUUGACACUGAUGGUGACGGAAGAGGCGAUCUUUGUGCUGAAGACUUUGACGGUGACACAAUCAAAGAUUAUCUAGACGAUUGUCCAGCUAACAGAAACCUGACAGUGUUAGACUUCAGGUCUCUUAUUUUGAUUCCGUUGGAUCCAAUUGGUUCUUCUCAAAAAGACCCUAAAUGGACAAUCAGAAACAAGGUAACGAUAGAUUUCAAAACAGAAUCUGAAAAAGAUGCGGAUUCUGAUGGGCGUGGAGAUUCAUGUGACAGCAACAUUGACACUGAUAAAGAUGGCGUCCCUGACAUAGAAGACAACUGCAAAUUCCUUGAUAAUGCUGAUCAACUCGACAGCGACAACGACAAAAUCGGUGAUGCAUGUGACAACGACAGUGACAAUGAUGGAAUUGAAGACUCGUAUGAUAAUUGUCCGUUGAUUUUCAACCCAGCACAACUUGACACUGAUGGUGACGGAAGAGGCGAUCUUUGUGCUGAAGACUUUGACGGUGACACAAUCAAAGAUUAUCUAGACGAUUGUCCAGCUAACAGAAACCUGACAGUGUUAGACUUCAGGUCUCUUAUUUUGAUUCCGUUGGAUCCAAUUGGUUCUUCUCAAAAAGACCCUAAAUGGACAAUCAGAAACAAGGGAAAAGAAAUUGAGCAGCUGCUAAACUCUGACCCUGGUAUCGCUGUCGCACCUAUGUCUCUGAGCUCAAUUGAAUUCAGUGGUACGAUUUUCGUAAACACUCACGCGGACGACGAUUAUAUUGGGUUCAUCUUCGGGUACCAAGACUCGUCAACAUUCUACACUGUACAGUGGAAACAAAAAAAUCAAACAUAUUGGCACAGAGACCCUACACUUGCAGAAGGUACCACUGGAAUGCAAAUUAAGGCAGUAAAAUCGAAAACUGGUAUCGGAGUUGCUUUGAGAAACGCACUUUGGCAUGCCGGAGACACAGCAGGCCAGGCACGAUUAAUCUGGCAAGACCCUUUAAGGCGUGGAUGGAAGGAUCGAAGAGCAUACAGAUUCUACCUUUCGCACAGACCACGGGUCGGAUUAAUCAGGCUUCAAGUUUACGACGGAAAGGAUAAAUACUUCGACACAGGCUGCCUGUUUGACAAGAGCAUCAAAGGUGGGCGAGUUGGAUUGUUUGUAUUCUCACAGAAGAGUGUCAUCUGGUCAGACAUCGCUGUGAAAUGUGAAGAUGCAAUUCCGGCAGAAUGUUACGCUUCCACUCUUGAACAAAUCAAAAAGGAAGAUCCAACAGGAACAGGAACAGGAAAGCUAGACUUACUUGGCUUUUCGAGUGCAUUAAGACCCCCAAGAAUUAUGAAACCCCGAAAACUUGGCUAAAUUCAGCAAAAGCUAACAUUAUUUAGCAUUUGUUCUGGACUAGUUUCAAUAUCUUGAAGAGAUCCAAAGAUAAUUUGUAGUAAAACACUGUACUAGAAAGCACAGUUUCUACAAACAGGGUAGCUUUUACUCAGAUUUCAAGUUGUUUAAUAAACGAGUCUUUGUAUUUCUUAAUGCAUCAAUAAUUCGAUAUCAGCUAAGGCAACUAUGAGCACGGAAUCAUCUAUGUAUCAUAAAGGAACUCAGAUUUCAAGCUCGGGAUAGAGGCUUCACUGAAGUCUGUAAAAAUUGCAGCCUGAAUACGAGAACUGAUUGCAUGCAAAAACCCUAAGUAGAUGCUUAGCUUUCCCUCUCGAAAAUGAAGCUAUCCAUGAACAGUACGUCGCUGUUGAUAUCACCAAACCAACGUUUGAGACCUCUUUGUGGAUAGGUAAGACAGUGUUGCUAUACGAUGCCAAGCUUGCAUUAUCGAAUUCAUUGGGCCUUUCAAAACUUCUUUUGACACAAUAUUACAUUUGCCACAAGGUAUUGCCAUGAUGGCAUUAUAUAUACACAUACGAGUUUAAAGCUUGAGAUUGCAUGAAAACUUCAAUUUUGAUAAACUCCUUUUUAUGCAGAGAAUUUUACAAAUUUGCAUACUUUUUGUACAUCUGGUGUAACCUCUCGCUUUUAUUGCAAUUAAUCGCGUAAAGGCAGUUUAAUGUUUCCAUAGCGUUUAAUCCUGUUUCUUUUUAUUCUUUGCGAUAAAAAUUGAGGAUUCUUGUAA